AUGUCGCACAUGCUGGUGCCGAGAGAGGCCGGGGAGGAGAAGAGCUUUGGCCCGUCUGCUGCGACCGGACACAGCGGAAACGUUGCGGGACUCCUAUCGGGGUCUGGCCUCGGUUGUGACACUUUACUCGGACUAGUGGGAGAAAGAGGAACGUCAGCAUGUCGAAACGCACGCAAAGAGGAAAAGUUGUUCCAGAUCACGAGUGUUACGCAGGCUCAGGUGCCGCCUAGUAAGAUCCCCGACGACCCCGAGAGUUUGGACGAUCCGGAUGAGUCCCGGACGGAGGACGUGUCGUCGGAAAUAUUUGAUGUCUCUCGGGCCGACCUGGGGGUGUGUGACAGGAGUUCAUCCGAGGAAACCUUAAGCAAUGCCGGGGAGCCUCAGGAGGGCCAGCUGCCUAACACGGGUCCUGUCAACGGGGGGUUCUCUUACAGUAAAGGCGUAGGCUCUGGCCGUGCUACCCCACAUAAUGUUGGAGGAAGUGUGGCCGUGCCAGCUACUGCUCAGCCCUUUGUUUCAAGCUCAGCUACCAGUGCGGUCCCAGCUUCCACUGUCUCUACCAGUGCUGUUCACACAGCUCCCGUGAGCACCAGCUGUACUUCCCGUUUCAGGGUGAUCAAACUUGACCAUGACGGAGAGCCCUUCAGACGGGGCAGGUGGACAUGCACUGAGUACUAUGAAAGAGAUUCGGAUUCAAAUAUUAAUCGGACUGUGGAUAGUAUAAGGCCAACGGUAACCCACGAUCACAGUUUAGACCGGGACAGUGGAUUAGCCACUGGUAAUUCUGUAUUCACUAGUAUUGCUCAGACUUCGGAGAACACCACAGAGUUUGGCUACUCUGCCUCUGUUGGGCACUCCUCCCACCCACCUUCAGAGUCUUGGCAGCAAGGCUACAGCUUGGCUUCUCAGAUAGGGAGCGGAGCAAGUGCCUUCCAACCCACAGGGUAUACAACUUCAUCAUCACAGCAACCACACCAGGUUCAGGUUAAUAUGUCGCCUGUAGCUCCCCAAACCUUCCCCUCUAACAGCUUCAAUGGUGUGCACCAGAAUUCUCCCAUUAUGCCUCCUGCCUCACAAGCCCAGCAGUUUCCUUAUGCGACUCAUCAGACCCACUUUGGUUCAAGUGCUCAGAACCUUCUCAUGACUUCCAUUGCUGUAGGGCCUCCAGCUAGCCAGGUAUCCUCGCAUGUAAACCCUGCUGGUCCUGGAUCAAAGGGGCUGGGUGGAGAAGCAGCUUCAUCCCAGGGCCUCCUACUACAAGCUGGUGGUACACCAGCCAUAGUGGCCCCCUGUCAGCCUGCCAGUCAUACUCAGCCUUCAGGAGGGUUAGGCAUUGCUCCUGCACCUUCCGUCACCACCACUACCUCUCACAGCGGUGGCCAGAAUGUGCCUGCCACAGUGCCCAGUACAACCAACACUUCUCCGGGUAUGCCAAGUCCUGGACACUCAGUAGGACUCGUCCAGCUCCAGGGAGCUCAUGGAGGAGCCACAGCAGGCCUUCCCCCUGGUGUCAGUAACCAGCCAGAUGAUAGCAGAACAAAGGUUGAUGCUCUGCCUCAGCACAGUGUUGGUGUGGUGCCAGAGAAAGAAGGUGUGAAGCCUCUCAGUGAGGGCUCCAACCUACCCUCUCCUGCUGUCAACAGCCUGUUUGGCAUUGAUAUUACCAUGGAUAUGGACGGGGACAGGAACCCAUCUACUGCUUUCUACCAGGCUUUCCGGCCUAGCAGAUUACGAGGGUCAAAGCCCAUCAACGAUAGUGCCUCCGGUGCCAGCGUCGUUGCCAUCGAUAACAAGAUUGAGCAGGCAAUGGAUCUGGUGAAGAGCCACCUGAUGUAUGCUGUUCGCGAGGAGGUGGAGGUGCUGAAGGAGCAGAUCAAGGAGCUGUACGAGAGAAACUCUAUGUUGGAGCGCGAGAACGCUGUGCUGAAGUCACUGGCCAACUCGGAGCAGCUCAACCAUCUGUCCAGUCAGCUCAGCCAGCUGGCCAGUCAACUCAGCCAGGGCAGCAGAUCGCCGCCGCUGCAGCAGCAGCAGCAACACCCGCUCGUCACAAACAACACCGCCCCUCUGGCUCACCACGAGGGAAGUCAGGGUGUCCAUCAGCCCAACAUCACCUCGGCAUGAUCCCCUUUCUCUUUAUCAGCACGUCCCACAGACAGGAGUCUGUUAGUAAAGGCAACAACUACUACCGUCCCCUUAACCCCAUAAAGACUCAGCUCUAUGUUCAAAAUGCUUCAUUUGAGGACAAAUCAACAGCAGCGACAUCUUUGUUUGCUGCCAGGAGCCGUGUUUCAGAGUUUGGACACUGCUGCUACUGUCACUAGGCCUUCACAUCAUUAAGACAUUUACCAUCUCUUGCAAAGUCUUAUCUGGGCCUUGUGUUUGGCUGCAACAGAGCUGAAAAAGAAGAGGAAAAAAAAAAAAGGGGAGACGGGGAGCAGAGCAGUUGGUGUGCAUCAAAAACUGCAUGUUGAUCUUGUUUAGGAGAUGGUGGGGGUCCGAGGGCUCAGAGAGCUUGCUUUGUAAGGGUAAAAAAUGGGGGAAGCCAGCAGCAUAUCCCUGUGAGGGACCAGAGGGGCGACAAGGGUCCUUGGAAACAUCCAGCAGGGACUGACCUUCCAGUGUCUGCACCCCACACCACUCCAGGGCCAGAGGAGGCCAGAGUGCAGAGAGGGGGAGGGAGGGAGAGGUGGGAUUGAGGAUAUGUCCUCCCUGAGCGCAAGAAGAUGCUGCCAGCAGGCAGCUGAGCUUGAGGUGGAGCGAGUCGAGAGCCUCGGCUUGUUAUAUGCUGCAUCAAAAAGCUUGUGUUAUCUCAGAGCCACCAUAUGUUUGACAUGAAUCAUAAUAAAUCUUCAUCAGUUCAGUUUUAGUAUUUGCAUUUAUUUAUUUCAGGGCUGCUAUUUUCGUAAUGUAAAUGAACAAUGUCAUGGAGAUGCUUAUUAAAAAAAAAAUUUUUUUUUUUUCCCCUCUUUGGUCUUUUGGUAUUUUAGAAUCUGUCAGGUAUUCAAUUUGGUAGAUUCUUGCAAGUUGUAGUUCUCAACAAGUAGGCAAUAAGUUUCCAAAAAAUAGAAUUUUUGUCUCAUCAUGAAAUAGUGCUAACACUAAAGCCGCGCUUACAUUAGAUGAAAUCUGGGUUGAAUGUAUAUUUUGUAAAGUGUAAAGUAUUAAGAGCAUGGGCAGUUUGUACGGGAGGAUAUCUGUUUAAGAUAUAUAAUAUGUGAUGGGAUGUUUUGAUAAAGAAAACCGUUGAUUAACUUUUUCUAGAUUUUCUUUGUUAGAAUGAAAAUGAAUCUGCUGGGUUUUG